AUGGCGGCCGGAUUGUUGACAAGUGGUGCUCGUCAAAAUAUUCCUCAAAAAGAGGAUUAUUAACGCUUUUCUGGAAAAAAGAUCGGAUCGAUUGAGAACUUCUUUAUCAUUGUAUUAAGUGGAAAUAGUUUAUUGCAUCAGUCAGAUAACGCAUAAGUGGAUUUUCAUCGUCUGUUUCUCACCGUGUACAAAAUAUAGCAUCCUAAGACUUCGUAGUAUUUUUGGCUUAGAUAUUGCCAUGGGGAUCAACUAUCGAGGCGCUUAAUGUGGGGAUCAGAGAAGUAAAAUCCUGAUUGCCAAGGAUAACUGGUUGUUAUUGACACUUAUAUUAUCAUCGAAAGAGCCCAUCUUUGGAGUGUAUGCCGUGGGUCAAAUAUGUCUGACACUGUCAUCUCAUUAACGGCUUCUCUUGUGCGGGAGUAUCUUAGCCGAAAGGGAUUAAAGAACACACUGCAAACCUUGGAUAAGGAGAUGCCAAGGAGUGAUGAUAGUAUCAGCAACCGCGUUCAACUUGCAAAAGAAAUGCACAUUGAAAAGCUCAUGAAAAAGAACAAGGAGCUUCCUGAACCAUUUCGAACCAUGUUGGAAGUCAUGGUUAAGUGUAUCAAAGAACAGGGUGGCUUGAGUUCCUCAUCAUCUGUUGGAGCUGAAAAAGUACAUGAAAGACCCAGAUCAUCAAGGGAAGCCAGAAAAGAUUCAAGAAACAAAACAGUGGCGCAGCCAUCAAACAGUGAUAUUCUGAAUCAAAGUGACAAACUUGAUGAUGAAGAUGACAGAAAAGAUUAUGACGAUCUCUUGAAACAGCUGGAAAAACCAGCACGAAACACUCCAACUACUAAACCAAGCUUGCUAACCAAUGAUUUAAGGACAAAAGUGAAUUCUAAUCAAUCAUACAGCAUGGGAGGGAGUGCAAAUUCACCUGUUUUAACAGGUUCUAGUGGUUUCUCAGAACCCUCAAUGACUACACCUACAAUGUCAAGUGAUCCAAAGGCAAAACUCAAGAGUAAAAGGAGGCCUCAUGCCACAGGAGGACCAGUGAUUAGCUCAGGUUUAGCGGGUAAAAGAGACUUGAGGCUGCGUCCUGGUAGUGGGAGACUUAGCAGCAGUCUAUCAGCUCUGAACAAUGGAAGCUUGUUUGGAGAUGAUGAAGUAAGUAAAGAGCAAAACGUUGCACAGACCCAAAAACUGGAUGCUCAAGAUAAUCAUAUUGAUAGGCUUCCUAGGUCACAGGAUUUUUCUAUUGAUCAAAGUGGCAAAGAUAGCCACCAACUAGGAGACAUUUCUCCAAGGGAAUCAAGAAAAACUACAUCUCAUAGGAGUUCAACAAGAAACCAGCCUCCAUCUAACUUCAAGGUGCAUAAGGCUAAAAGUAGUGAUCUGGUGUUUGAAGAUGUUGAUGAGGAUCUUGAUCAGGAACUUGCGCAGUUGUCAUUAGGUCCAAAGAAGAUUGCCUCAGUUGAUGUUCAGAGUAAGCCUAUAUCGCUAGAAAUUGCCAUGGGUUUGAAAAAUCUUAUCUUUGGAACUGCUACAGCAAGCUUUAAUCCAGAAUGGAGGAAUCAGAGCUUUUCUUUCUGUGACCUUUAUCAACUAGAGUACGGAAUUGUUCAACUGAAGGGUGGACCGUGUGGUGUUCUUGCUGCUGUUCAAGGAUUUGUCCUAAAACAUUUGCUGUUCGGAGGAAAGAAGGGCGACAGAAAGAAGAAACUCCAACCUUCGUCCCGAGAGAGAACAAAAGCUCUAACGUCUGCUCUGAGUGAAAUUCUUUGGAGGGCAGGAAACAACAAAACAGCUACCGUGGCUUUACCUACCGGUGGAUCCAACUUUUUCGGUGCUGGAAGAUAUAAACCUGACCAGCUGACAGAAGCACUUGUUUUACAUGAUUUCAAGUCUUCGGAAAGUCUUCACAGCUUUCUCUCCCAAAACAUAACUCAGUUUGAAUCUGACAAAAGCAGUGGGUGUAUUUUGUUGUUAUAUUCCGCAAUAUUGUCAAGAUCAAUUCAAAAGGUAAUCUCAGAUAUGGAUGAACCAACAAAUACUCUGAUGGGAGCCCACGGUUAUUGUACGCAGGAAAUGGUCAACCUAAUUGUCACUGGCAAAGCAACAUCCAACACAUUUGACAACAUUAUGGAGAUCGACACUGGAGGGGCAAAGAAGAAUGUAUUUAAAGGAAUAGAAAAACAAAGCGACAUUGGACUUCUGUCGCUAUUUGAACACUACAAGUCAUGCGAGGUUGGUAUCAACUUCAAGAGCCCCAAGUAUCCCAUCUGGGUCAUCUGCAGCGAGAGUCACUUCAGUGUACUGUUCUCUGUGGACAGAAACCUCUUGGAUGAUUGGAAGUUAGAAAAGAAGUUUGAUCUUUAUUACUAUGACGGUCUGGCCCGCCAAGAGGAGGAAAUCAAACUAACAAUAGAUACAACAAGGGAAUGUCCUGAUUACAAAGACACCGAUCUUGUCCCUCCACUAGAACACUGCAUUAGAACAAGAUGGAAAAAUGCUGUAGUAGACUGGAAUGGAUCGGAGCCAAUUUUGUGAUGUUCGCUUGCGUUGAAUUCAAUAAAACCAGGGGUUCUUUUGUGGGUGGAUCUACUAACAGGAAUUUGGAAAAUGCCUGUGAAAGAUAUUCCUAAAAAUAUUUUUAGCGCAAAGUGCAUGAAAUCUCCCCAGAGAUAGUUAGUGUUGGAUACCUGAGGAAAACGUCCAUUUGACUCUUUUUUGUUGCAAUGGCAUUGUUCAAUAUGGAAAUAAACAAACAGA